AUGGCCAAGACAGCCAUGGCGAUAGAGGUCGUUAGUGAUGGUCAAUCUUGCUUUGGCCUUGCUGAGACCUCAUCGGAGAUGAAUGAGGCGUCUUCUGAUAAUCGCGCGGCCGCGACGGCGGGUAGACCCAAUAGCCCGCAUAGCAUUUCCCGGCCGGGCUCCGCCUUGGACAGCGAUAUCAAACCAGAUGGCGCGGCGUACCGCAAUGGCAGCGUUGCUAUUCCGUCUGAGAACUGGCGUAUAGAGCGUUUCCGGAAGCGUGGGAUUGCCCUCCUCCCUUCUGAACUUCGCAUCGCCGCCGAGCCGAUGGGGGUUGGUCCGUCCUAA